UAAUGACAGGACCACAUCUCUACAGAGGACUUAACUCAAGUCGGAUUCCAACUUGACUGCCACUGGUUAUGAAAAUCUGCACUCCAAGGCUGAAACGGCUGGGGGUAAGAUGUUUGUGGAGUCAGUCGUCCGAUGGGGGGCGUGGAGCAUCCUGCUUCAGUUUGGACUGUGUGUAUCAGCAGGAAGCUGUCCUCCACGCUGUGUGUGUCGACCUGAGGCCAAAGAAGUGAUCUGCUCUGGCAAACAUUUGAACUCAGUACCAGAGGGCUUUUCCAGCGAUGCCAGGCGUUUGGAUUUAUCCCACAAUAAGAUUAAGACUGUGGGGCGCCGCCAGUUCUCCGGCCUCCUGCAACUUCAAGAAUUGGAUCUCAGUGAUAAUAUAAUCUCCAUGAUUGAGGUGGAGGCUUUCCAGGGCCUACAGAAUCUCAGGACGCUUCGGAUUAAGAAUAACCGUCUCAAGAUCAUCCCAGUCGGUGUGUUUUCUGGUUUGUCAAGUCUGCGCUUUCUGGAUUUGAGCCAGAAUGAGAUUCUGGUCUUUCUGGACUAUACCUUCAAAGAAAUGGUGAACCUGCAAACGCUGGAAGCCGAGGAGAACGACUUGGUCUUCAUCUCGCAGCGGGCUUUCUUUGGUCUGCAGAAUCUGCAGGAGCUCAACAUAGACCGCAGCAACCUGACUUCCGUUCCCUCCGAGGCAUUGUCCCAGCUCCAGAGCCUAACGCGUCUUCGCAUGCUCCGCCUCAGCAUUUCUACACUGCCCAAUAACGCUUUCCGACGACUCCACCGUCUGCGUAGCCUCCUGAUUGCAAAUUGGCCAGCACUGGACACUUUGGCUAGCAACAGCCUGAUCGGUCUUAAUUUGACCUCGCUUGUCAUCAGCAGCUGCAACCUAAGUGCUAUUCCUUACUCAGCACUUCGUCAUCUGGUGUAUUUGCGCUUCCUGGACCUGUCCUAUAACCCCAUCACUGUUAUCCAAGGUAAUAUGCUGGGGGACCUCCUGAGACUCCAGGAGUUACACCUAGCAGGGGGGAGCCUGCUACGAAUAGAGCCGGGGGCCUUCAGGGGGCUGGCCUACUUUCGCAUGCUGAAUGUGACAUCCAAUCAGCUCACUACUUUGGAGGAGAGCGUCUUCCACUCUGUGGGGAACCUUCAGGUGUUGCGGUUGGAUGGGAAUCCCCUAGCAUGUGACUGCCGGCUCAUCUGGGUGGUCCGUCGCCGAUUGCGCCUGAACUUUGAUGGACACCAGCCUGCUUGCUCAUCUCCUGACGCUGUGAGACAGCGCGAAUUCAGAGACUUCUCAGAGAAGGAGCUCCCGAGGCUGUUUACCUGCCGCCCUGCGCGCAUCAUGGACCGCAGGCCGCAGGAGGCGAGAGUAGAGGAAGGCACAACAGUUCUCUUCUCCUGCAAGGCCGAUGGGGAUCCAUUCCCAUCUAUCACCUGGAUCUCAUCCCAUAAGAAUGUGGUUUCUCCAACAGGACGAAUCAGAGUUUUGCUCAAUGGUACGCUAGAAGUGCGUUUUGCCCAAGUCCAGGACAGUGGCACUUAUCAGUGCCUGGCAGGCAAUGCAGCUGGCAAUGACAGCCUGACUGUCGGUCUGUACGUGAAGGGGCUCCCUCGUAACCGAACCAUCCCCUUAUUCUCAGAGGAGGGCUGGGCUGAACCUUCAAGUCCCCAAGCUGCAAACUCCUCAGCUCAAAUGGCCAAGCCGUACCCGUUUGAUGCAAAGACCCUGAUCAUCGCCACCACCAUGGGCUUCCUGUCUUUCCUCAGCUCGGUGGCCAUCUGCUUUGUCUUCAUGUUCUUCUGGAGCCAGAGCAAAGGCCAGAUCAAGCACACGGCAACUAUCGACUUUGUUCCUCGGUCUUCCAUGGGUGGUGGAGGCGGUGACGGAGGUGACGGUGGCAGGUUCACCAUGAAACUUAUAUAA